UUCAUUCGUGCGUUGAACCUUGGAGACUUCACAUCGGGUUUGGAGGAUCAAAUCCACGUUGGGCUUUGCUGCAACUACAACUGUCAUCUACAAAAAAAUAAUACACGCGUAGUGUGCUGUGCCUCUCUCUACGUGUGCAGGCUAGCUUUGUGUGUGUGUGUGUGUUGAUGUGCGCCUCGUGUUGAUUUGGCAUAAUUUGUUGCAAAUAAUCAUUGAACGCCAAUAAAACGCAACGCAAUAAUAACUGCGCGUCCAGCGCUGCUGCCAUCGUCGUCGUCGUAUUCGCCACCGCCCUGUGAAGUUCUCCACAAAAAAAGCUUAUAAUUUUUUUAGCAAUUUUUACAUAUACCUUGUGAAAAGCAAAAAAAAAAAGAUAAAACAACCAUAAAAAAUCAUUACAACUGUGAUUUAAAAAAAACUGGCAACUUCGCUUUAAAUAUUUUUAACCAUUUGUUAACAUUGAAUGUAAAACUCAACAAAAGCAAACUUUCAACUUAAUCCCUGGACCCAUUUCACGUGAGGCCUACAACUACAACUUUUUCCAUUAAAUGAACAUAUUGUCACGAAUUGAAGCACACAACAAACUCCAAAUUAUUUAGACGGAAGUUGGUUAAAUCUGAACAUUUUAUACAUAAAAAUAAAGAAACACAUCACGGUGAAAGGAGUCAAGGAUUUGUUGACAUCGAAGCUGCAACAGGAAAUAAACGCAACUAUACAACGCCAGCAAUAUUUCCUAAAAUAUAGUAAAAGACCAUCACAUCUCACGCACACAUACAGUUGGUCCAACCAGCAUGGAACGUGAAUCGAAUCCAAUGCAACCCAUGUGCCGCUCUGGAUGUGGUUUUUAUGGCAAUCCAGCUACAGAUGGCCUAUGUUCAGUUUGCUACAAGGACUCGCUUAGAAAAAAGCAACAGCCACCUGUGAGCAGCACACCUGUCUCAGUUCCAAGCCCGCAACCUAGCCCCACAUUCAAUCCGGCCAUUGCAACAACCAACACAGCACAGCCCACAGUUCAGAGCUUACAACAGUCACAUAAUGAUGUAAAAGAGAAAAUCACUGAGGAAGCCGCUGCAGCUGCCAAAUCAAAUAAUGAAUCCAUCAUAUCGGCGACUGGUCCAAAUACUUCCGCACAAGCAUCAGGCACCGCAAGUGAGCAGGAUGAUAAGGAUAAGGAGGACGACAAGGAUGCCAAAAAGAAGAAGAACCGAUGCGGCGAAUGCCGCAAGAAGGUUGGCCUUACAGGUUUUCAAUGUCGCUGUGGCGGGUUGUACUGUGCCGUACAUCGAUACUCUGAUAAACAUAAUUGCACAUUCGACUAUAGAGAGCAUGGAGCACAAGAAAUUCGGCGCAAUAACCCGGUUGUAGUUGGCGAGAAAAUUCAGAAGAUUUGAAUUUUUGCAGAUAGAUUGUGCCAGAAACAGUAACCGCAAAAUAACUGCUCGUUAUUAUAUAGUAUAUAUAUGUAUAUGUAUGUAUACGUAUAAUGCAACCCCACAACAAAUCAAAACAAUAUAUAGCAAAACUCAAUACACCACCACACCCACACACACUCACAAAUCUAUAUAUAUAUAUAUAUACAUAUAUAUAUAUAUAUACUAUAAAUAAUUGUAAUUUAAUAAUAAUGCGAACAAUAACAAGAAACAAUAGUACAGAAACGUUAACCAAAUACCACGCAACAAACGAUGACAUCAGGAACUACUACAACAACAUCAAUAUUGCGGAACAUCAAACAUAAGUAGAAGGCAGCAUCAUCAGUAAUAGCAAUAGCAAGGGCAACAGCAACAUCAAUCAGCAGCCAGUAGCGAGAGCAAAAGCAACAAUAAUCGCCGCAAUAUCAACAUCAUCAGCACCAACAGCAAAUAACUACUACAAAGACUUGAACCAGACGCGUAUUAGCGCGUUAGCUGCUUCGUAAAUUGUCAACUGUCAAUCUGUGACCUGUAACAUUACUACAAACUGCGAUUAUGAUGCACCUUUAAAUGUUAUUCCAAAUGCAAGUUGCAAAAUUAUUGAAUUCGAUCCUUUUUUUGUCAACACAACGCUUGGAUCAUACAACAAGAAUACACAAACAACAACUAGAUGCACAAUGCACACGAAAACUGAUAAAUUUUAUGUAGAGAAAACUUGUGUAAUUUGGGAUCGUAAUGUGUUGUAUGUGUAGAAAGCGAAUUAAUAGAAUGGCAAAUACAAGCAAAAAUAAAACGACCACAUAUAGAAAAGUUCUUUUCAUAAUUUUUAAUUAUUGAUUAAUUAAUUAAUGUAUGUAUAUGCAAUGCAAAAAAAGAACAUUGAAAUGAAAGAAAUGAGUAAAACAAGAAAAGCAAAAAAAUGUAAAAAUUGCUUUUGGGCAGAUUAUGUAUUGCGCUUUCUAAACCUUUUGCGAAUCUUGAAGAAAACAAUAUAAAACAGGAAAACAUGGUGCAAUGGGACGAGGAGCGAUUGAAAUGUAAUAAAUAAGAUAAAUAUAUAAUUAUCUAGUAAAUUAAAGCAGGCAAAGUGUAGUGCAAGAUGUGUGAUUUCAAUUUAUAAUUCUAAUUUAAUUUGGUCCCAACACCGACAUUAAUUGAUUUUUGAUAAAUAAUUCGUUCGUACAUACAACCAUACAUACAUAUAUGCAAAAAUUGUACAUGUUAUAUAUAGUUAACUGAAUGAUUUUGCUGGUUUAUAAUAAAAACAGUUUUAAUAUUGUCCAUUCUGUAUUCAUAAUUGGCGAAGCAAUAUCCGAUUUGCAUAAUGGCCAAGCGUAUAAGUUCUUAUUGCUUUAAGCGUUAUUUAGUUUUUCUUUGAUUAUAUUAAAACACAACAAUAACGGGCAUACAUAAAAAGAUCUUUAAAUUUUGCUUUUCUCCUUUUAGCAAUAACUUUUAUAAAAAAAAACGAAUUACAAUAACACAUAGCUAUUAAUUUUUGUUGUUAGCAUUAGACAUUAUACAAGCAAAAAAAGAAAAGAAAAUACACACAAAAAAACGUAAAUAUAUAUAUAAAUAUAAAUAAAAGUAAAAACUAAACAAUUUUGGUUUGAUAAAUUAAUAAUACCACAACUUUACAGAAACCUAUCUUUUUUUUGGUACACAACUGUUUAAGAAAAUGAACUAAAACAUUAAUUUAACACAAACAGAACUUGCAUGAAGGCAUCAUCCAUAUCACGCUAAUGACAACGUCCACGUUCAAAUGUUGAACAUCCAUAAAAGACACAAGAGUGUAGAUCUUUUUUAGGGGCAAUAAAAUAGCAUACAUAUAGUGUUGGCUAGUGUGUUUUGGGUAGCUAGGUGACCCUGUGGAUUAGUUUGCGUCAUCCAAUCUUGUCAAAGUUCAUUCGAAUGAAAUGAAGGCGCCUUUUCCAACAACUCGAGUUAAUGCGGAAACUUAUCUCAGAAGUUCAUUAAAUAUUCAAACAAUAAAUAAUGUUUCGAUAGACAAGUCGAAAAAAAAACAUUAAAAGAACUGUACAAAACCAGCUACUUCAUCUUAAUAAUAAUAGUAAUAUUAUAAAGCGGUCUUAUAUAUAUUGUAUAAAUAAUAAAUUGUAUAGUAAGAGGUAAAUAUGAACUGUACUCAAAAAAAUAAGUAAAGUUAAUUUGAAUAAACAUUUAGUUUUUUAAAUUUAACAUUUCUGCAAUUUGACGUUUCUGCAACUGAAAAUAACAAAAACAAAAACAUACUAUUGUAUAUCAUAAUUCAAUAACCCUUAAAAUUAAUUAGUAAAAUUGUACGCAUUAAAAUAAAUAUUUAAAUAUACGGAAGAAAUAAAAAAGAAAAGCACUAUAAUCAACAAGAAAUACAGGAAUAAAACCAACCUUUUUUUAACCACGGACCCAAAAAAGUGUAUUGACAUUACUUGAGGUAAAUAGUUCAGUACCAAUGGAUUACACAUUAUAAAAAAUUUUAGAAGUUCAUUUUAUUUGAAAAUCGAUUUUGAAGUUAUAUUUUAAUGAAUUUCAGUUGUAUGUUUUUAAUAAGACAAAAGUGAAAAUGCAAAUAAUUAUAACUUAAUUAAACUAUUUGUGUAAAUAUUUACGUAUACUGAAAACACGGAUGAUUACAUAAUCCUAUGCGUCACUGAUUUUUAUUAAUACUUUUGAUGGUAUUUUUUAUUUUUGUUGCAAUUGCCAGCCUUGUUCAGUAAUUGAUUUGAUUCUAUUUUACUUUUGGCAGAUUGGCAAAUAUCCACACAUAGUUUAUAUGUACGUAGAAAAGAAGUGUAAUAGUAAGGCUACUGAGCUCGUUUAUACGGAUUAAAAUUCAGAAAAAUAAACAUUGUAUUGUAAUGUAUAGCUGUAAUUAAACGCGUAUAUCUUCUCUAACAGAAUAUACUUCAAAAUAUAUUUAAAGAAAAACGAAAGCGGUAAAAGUUAGGUUGAAGAUGAAUAGAAAUACAUAGUAUAUUAAGCCGGAGGUAUAGUCACGUGUCUAAGAAUAUUAACUAUUUUAAUUAUAUUUAAUGAGGCAUAACAAAUACAAUAACUAUAUGACUUAUAAAAUGCAGAAAAAUAUAUUAGACAUAGGUUCGGAAAAAAGUAAAAAUCAUACAAAGAAAAAGUAAAGAAAAGGAACAAUGCAAAUUUAUGAAGAUAACUAAACAGUUUUACUAUGUUAAAAAAUGUUUACUUAAAUUAUGUUUAUUUAAAUAAUUUUUAUUUUUUAUUAGUUUUUUGCUUUACUCGCCCAAGGUGCUAAAUAGAUUAAACAAGUAUAGAGCACAUUAAAAUUACGGACCCAUUUGCAAUUGGUAUUGGGCGUAGGCUUAUUGUUUAAUUAUCUAACUAUUUCAAUUCGAUUAAUUUUAUAAAUAUUGAAAUAUGUCAGUAAAUCGCCUAUUACAGAUUGCAGUUGUUAGCUUGCUUUUCUUAUUUAUUUGAUUUCAAGAUUUAUUGGCAAUGAAAAAAUAAAGAGAGAACAACAAUUUUUAAAAGCUUAUAUAAAUUCGUGAAUGUAAGUUUUAGCUUUAUGAUCCUGAGAAUAUAAAUAUAGAAGGCUAAAAUUGGCGUACAUAAUACUACAAAGAAUUGAGUAAAUAAUAUAAAAAUGCAUAGCUUUAAGGUCAAUUUAUAAAAAUAAUAUAAUAAAUCGCAAUAACAAAAAUAUUAAUAAUAAUAAUGAAGUAGCGAGAAAUAAAAGCCGCGAUGACAUGAAUUUAAGACACAUCCAUAUAUAAUAUAUGAGUAUAUAAUCGAAGAUGAUACAUGAGAAACUGCUAAAACUGAUAAAAUUAUAUUUAAGUAAUAAAAAAAAAAAAACAAAAACAAACGGAAGGAAGUGGAAAUAAUAAAGAGAAUUAUUCUGAGAAAUACAUACAUA